UAUUUUGUGUACAUUGUAUAUAACUUAUAUCCAUAUACUUAUCCUUGGUACGGAAGACGUUGAGUAGCUGCUAUAGACAGCCCGAAUCAUAAUCCCUUUUGUGUGUUAAGAUCGGCCUGUUUUCUUGAAAUGUCUCUACCUUACUUCCUUCUUCCCAUUGCAGGACCUGUCGUUUUUGCAGCCGCAUCUCUGUUUACUUUGUAUGCCUGUAAUCAGCUCGUCAACCCAGAUAUUGGAAGUCAACCCCUGAUCCGCGAGCUGCCGCAGUCCGGUCUGACCUCGUUUUGUAUCCGACCCCAGUUUCGAUACAAUGACAGAGUUUUGAACGUCUACACCCGACCUGGUGCAAGAGUAUUUAGAUUUAUGCAGCAGCCGUCCUUGCCUUCUGAUACCUUGUCUUCCAAUAUUGAGCCGAAAGGGCUGGUGUAUACCCUACUGCGGGGCCAAGAGACUCGUCCCUUUGCAACGAUUCGCAUUCAAGGAUUACACAGCGAGAUUGUAUUUCACAAUAUCAGUCCUGCACUACCAGAACCAAGUGUGGUAUCUCUAACUCAUGCUGUUGACGGAGACGAGACCUAUCGCAUGUUUAUCCUUCCGGAUGGUAGAACGUAUCAGUGGACAGGGAAAGAGCGAUUUCUGGAACAGGUGAUUGCAAAAUCGUCUCAAUCUGAGCCUGAGAUUCGUAAUAGAAUCGGCUCUGCGCGCCGAAUAGGUUCUCGCAUCUGGGAGCUGAAAUUUGACGAAACUCAGCUAUCAGCCGAACUGGUACUUGCUACUGCUCUGGUUAGUAUUUUUGAUCAGUGGAAUACUUCGUUGGGGGUAUUUGGGUGGCUCUGGAAGUCAGAUGAAAAGCCGAGUCAUUAGUCUUUGAUGGAACCGUUAAUACCCGCUGACUGUCUUCUGCUCUGUUGAUGGAUUCGAUAUCUAUUUAUUUAGUAGGAUGUACUUCUCUGCCUCUUAGCUUCUUGCUUUUGUCCAUCUUCCAAUAAAGUCUUUAACAGCAAUUUUGUAAAAAGAAGUUCUCCGCCGCUAUUGAGAUCGAUCUCACUG